AUGUCUGUCGAUACAGGAUCAGUUAUCACUCCGGUGACCGAAAGCAUUGGCGUUGUUGGACUCCGGAACACCGCGACCAAGAACAAGCUCACGGAUACUGUUGUUCCCUUAUGGGAGCUGCAGGCCACGGCUGCCAGCGUUCCUUCGGCUGAGUCUUUCAACUUUACAAACCCAGGUGCCGAGUCCGUCAUUGGUGACGAUGAGCGUAUCAAGGUCUCACCUGAGCACUUUUUGCCGGGCGGCAAGUAUCGAUCCAUCGUCAAGCUUUUCUUGAAGUACGAGAACCAGCCGGCUUCUGCCAAAUGGCCCAUCGCCACCGGUUGGCUUAUCCGCCCUGAUCUUCUUGUGACUGCUGGUCAUUGUGCCUUUGACUGGGGUCACAACAUGGGUCGCCUCGUUCAGGUCAAGUGCUACAUUGGCUACAAUGGCAACGAGUCUAUCAAUGACAGCCGCGCCGAGGUCCAAUUUCGACAGGGCAAGCGCAUCGCGACCACGCUUGAAUGGAUGACGGCCAAGAAUAACCGGAACUUCGAUGUUGCCUUCAUUCAAGUCGACAGGGCCUUCACUGGAAUUACUCCCUUCAAGUUUGCCGACACCCCUCUUUCUGGUACUGCGUCCAUCGGUGUUGUUGGAUAUCCCGGCGAUCUCAGAGAUGAAAAGACCAAGGAACCGGGCGCCCACAUGUACGAGAUGUACUUGUCUAACACUCAUAACUUGGCUGAGUCUCAGUGGCGUAUGUUGGAGUACCAAAUCGAUACUUAUGGAGGAAACUCGGGGUCUCCCGUGAUCCGAGAGAGUGAUCAUGUCUCGAUCGGCGUCCACGUCUACGGAGGCUCCCCGAAUUCGGCGUCCGUGAUCGGCAUGUACGGAAACCCUUUUCUUGACUACGUCGCGGCUUUCGACAUGCAUGCCCAAAAGGUCAAUCUACCAGGCGCGAUCUCAACUCCUGGAGUGCACUUUGGAAUCUUCAACACACAGCAAGGCUUCACCCAGGAAGCACGUCCCACUCAACACAACGGCUUCUCCCAGAACGGCUUCGCUCAGAGCGGGUUUCAGCCCUCCAGUGGAAUCCAUGACCACGGAAACGGUCAUAUCGCCUACAAUGGCCAUCAUUAUCCGGCAGGGAAUGGCCGCCAAGAUGGCUCGGUCGCGUGGCAAACCCGCCCUGGAAAUGGUCUCGUCAACAGUGGGUUCAACUCUUCCGGAUUCAAGGCGGUGGAGAAAUCGAAAGGCGGUCGUGGGACGACUCCUCUUUCAGCCAUGGAUGAGGAAGGAUUCAUGGAGUUCCUAAAAAAGGGAAUCAAGGUCGGCGGUCCUAUUUUGAGCGACGUCCUGGGGACCGCCCUCCCCAUGGCCUUAGGACCUCUCGGUGGCCCGAUCAGCUCCCUCGCGUCCGUCGCGAUAUCCGCUGCCGGAAAGCUCGCCGAGUCCGGGGUAACUGAGAGUGGCGGCAUCGGACCAGUGGUUCCCCAAGGCGUUGCCGAGCGUGCCAUCAUGGCAGAAGCUGCCUUUCAAGCCAUGAUGAAGAUGGACCACCAAACGCUGGCUGAAGAAGGGUUCUUCGGCGAUAUGUGGAAUGUCGCAAAGAAGAUGGCUCCUGUCGUCAAACAGGUUGCGCCUAAGGUCCUCGAGGCUGUUGCCCAGCCAGCGCUCCAGAUCGCUCUCCAGUCCCUUGGUAAUGUUCAAAAGAGUAGCGCUGAGGGCUUCCAUGAUGCGCCAAAGACUAUGAACGGUGUUAAGAACCGGAGGGCCACCCCUGCUAUACAAUACAGCCGCAAUCUUCCUGCAAGUGGCGCAGAGGCCUUCCUUACCCGAUUUGAAACUGCAGCUUCGGCAGGCGAAGAAGGCCUCUUUGGUGACAUCUUCAAUGUCGCUAAGAAAGCUAUAUCAGUUGCCGGUCCUGUAUUAACCAAAGUCGCUAAGCACGGUCUUCCUCUCCUUCAAGGCAUGCUGACUGAAGCCGAUUUUGAGGACAACAAGCCGUCGGCCAUCUCCGGUAUCGAUGGACUACACGAGCGUGCCAUUCUUGCCGAUGCUGCCCUCCAGGCCGCCAUCAACACUCCUCAGCACUUCCUCGAAGAGGAAGGAUUCUUCACAUUUAUGGCCGAUGCCGUCAAGAAGCUAACCCCUAUUGUCGUUAGGGCUGCGCCAGCCGUGAUCAACGCUGUUAGCCCAGUCGUCAGCAACUUGCUGGGGGCCAGUGCUGGUACCGAAGCGUUUACAACAAGUAGCCACACCAAAGGACUACGCCCCUUGGUCCUUCACGCUAAUGGCAACGGUGGUAGCACUGGCUACAACAAGGACGCCUGGAAGCAGCUCCAGGACCACCAUGCCGCCGGCGGACAAGGCGAGGGGUUCUUUGGUUUGAUCCACACCUGA